CUUUGAAAAUGUCGGUGGAAGGUUAAAAAUGAGAAGGAAUUUGUCUCCAGGAAGCUCAAACACGGCACGCCAGUUUUGUUGUCUCUGUCGAGAUAUUUAAGAAGUGGAGCAAGGGAUCCAAUUGACCACCCUUCCUGCUCAGACUGUGGGGAGGGAUUCACUCGGUCAUUUGACCAUCUGGCGCACCUAUAAUUUACACAGGAGAAAGGCCUUUCACCUGCUCAGACAGUGGGAAUGGAUUCACUCGAUUAUCACAAUUGAAGGUACAUCAGCAAGUUCACACUGGGCAAGGCCAUUCACCUGUCCUGUGUGUGAGAAGGGGUUCAGUCGGUCAUCCCACCUGUGGACACACCGUCAGUUCACACCACACUGGGCAGAGGCUGGUCAUCUGCUGAAUUUCUGGGAAAGGAUUCACUCAGUCAUCUGAUCUAAUGGCUCACCAGCGGGUUCACAAUGGGGAGAAGCCAUUCACCUGCUCAGAAUGUGGGAAGGGAUUCACUCGCUCAUCCACCCUACAGAGACACCAGCGAGUUCACACUGGGGAGAAGCCAUUUACCUGCUCAGUCUGUGGGAAAGGAUUCACUCAGUCAUCUACCCUACUGGUACAUCAGCAAGUUCACACUGGGGAGAAGCCGUUCAUCUGCUCAGUCUGUGUGAAGAGAUUCAGUAAUUUAUCCAGCCUACAGAGACAUCAGCGAGUUCACACUGGGGAGAAACUCUUAACCUGCUCAGUCUGUGGGAAGAGAUUCACAAAUUUAUCCAGCCUACAGAGUCAUCAGCGAGUUCACACUGGGGAGAGGCCAUUCACCUGCUCAGUCUGUGGGAAAGGAUUCACUUGGUCAUCUGACUUACGGAGUCAUCAACGAGUUCACACCGGGGAGAAGCCGUUCACCUGCUCAGUCUGUGGGAAGAGAUUCACUCAUUCAUCUCACCUGCAGAGUCAUCAGCGAGUUCACACUGGGGAGAGGCCGUUCACCUGCUCUGUCUGUGGGAAGGGAUUCACUCGGUUAGCUAACCUACAGAGACACCAGCGAGUUUACACUGGGGAGAAGCCGUUCACCUGCUCCGUCUGUGGGAAGGGAUUCACUCAUACAUCCCACCUACAGAAUCACCUGCGAGUUCACACUGGGGAGAGGCCGUUCACCUGCUCAGAAUGUGGGAAGGGAUUCACUCAGUUAUCCCACCUACAGAGUCACCAGCAAGUUCACACCGGGGAGAGAGCGUUCACCUGCUCAGAAUGUGGGAAGAGAUUCACUCGCUCAUCCACCCUACAGAGACACCAGCGAGUUCACACUGGCGAGAAGCCAUUCACCUGCUCAGUCUGUGGGAAGGGAUUCACUCAGUUAUCUACCCUACAGAGACACCAGCGAGUUCACACUAGAGAAAGACCGUUCACCUGCUGAGAAUGUGGGAAAGGAUUCACUCACUCAUCCCACCUACUGGCACACCUGUCAGCUCACAAUGAGGAGUGGCCAUUGUUAUGAAUCCCAAGGUUUUGUUUGCUGUGGAUUGUCAUUUUAAGAGAGAGAGAGAGAUUAAGAAGGCAAAUGUGUCUGACUUGCAGCUUGUUUACAUCGCGUGCAGCUUGUUUAGUUUUAACCGAGGACACAGGCACUUAGAGUCAGACGGAGACGAAGGAGGAAAAAUGGAAGCAUCGAAACCAGGGAACCAGUGGCCAAGGAUCACUGUUUGGAACUUUCCUUUACCCACAAGGGUGGGCUAAUUAUCGAUUCACCGUACAUCGAAUGUGUGGAUGUCACCUCAUUUGAUCCAUAGGAGUGGAUCUGAUUUGGGGUAUCCUGUGGAGACCACUUAUGUGUUAACCAUUGCCAGGCUGUGGUGUGGUAAUUCAUUAAGACGAUACCAAUUAUGACAAGUCACUUAGGGUGAUAAUUAGUAUGUGGAUUUGGAAGGAUGACAGAUAAAAUCUACAGCGACUGUUGGUCUCAUUUUACCACCAUGGAACCUGUGGAGUACGACAUAAUUGCCUUCUCUCAACAUUUACCCGGGAUUACAAGUAUCUCUCUCUCAUCACCUGUUCUGUGGUUCACCUGAACUUUCAUACCUUACCACCUCAAGACUCCAAGCCUUGUUUCCCCCAAGCUCAAUAGUUUGGGAGUUAUAUUUAUACACAUAACACUCACGAGGAAAUCUGCAGAUGCUGGAAAUUCAAACAACACACACAAAAUGCUGGUGGAACACAGCAGG